UGAGAGCAGCGUCGUUGUCGUCUCCAGACGCUUCUACUCGCUUUCCGCCAUGCCUCUUUUAUUGGAACCGGCGAUGCGCCCCUUGCUUCCUCCCCAAACCGACGGCGAACAUCUACCCCACCGACUUCUUCUCCCAUUAAAUACUUCAGCUUUCUGGAGAGUGGAGUCCUUCUCGUCUGCUCCUCCUUAGAGGUCUACUGUAAACUACAUCGCGUCUAGAGCAAGACCUCGAGAAAUUUCUCAAGAGCUUUGGAGGAGAUGGAUAGCUCGGAGUUCUCAUGGAAAUUGGCGGACCACCCGAAGCUUCCAAAAGGGAAGACGGUGGCCGUCGUGGUUUUGGAUGGAUGGGGCGAAGCCAAUCCCGACAAGUACAACUGCAUUCAUGUCGCCGAGACGCCGACCAUGGAUUCGCUCAAGAAGGGUUCUCCAGAGAGAUGGAGGUUGAUAAAGGCUCAUGGCACAGCAGUGGGACUGCCUACCGAAGAUGACAUGGGUAACAGUGAGGUUGGUCACAAUGCACUAGGUGCAGGGCGAAUUUAUGCCCAGGGUGCUAAACUUGUGGAUCUUGCACUUGCCUCUGGAAAAAUAUAUGAAGGAGAAGGUUUUAAAUACAUUCGAGAAUGUUUUGAUCAAGGUACUUUGCAUCUCAUUGGUUUAUUGAGCGAUGGGGGUGUCCACUCACGGCUUGAUCAGCUACAGUUGCUACUAAAAGGAGUCAGCGAGCAUGGUGCCAAAAGAAUCCGUGUCCAUAUCCUCACUGAUGGUCGUGAUGUUUUGGAUGGUUCUAGUGUAGGCUUUGUAGAAACACUAGAGAAUGACCUUUCAAAGUUACGGGAGAAAGGUGUUGAUGCACAAAUUGCAUCUGGUGGGGGCAGGAUGUACGUUACCAUGGACCGCUAUGAGAAUGACUGGGAGGUUGUGAAGCGCGGUUGGGAUGCUCAGGUUCUUGGUGAAGCACCAUACAAGUUUCAAAGUGCUCUUGAAGCAGUGAAAAAGUUGAGGGAGGAUCCCAAGGCCAAUGAUCAGUAUUUGCCCCCUUUUGUUAUAGUUGAUGAGAGUGGCAAGGCAGUUGGACCAAUAAUGGAUGGUGAUGCUGUUGUAACAUUCAACUUCCGAGCAGAUCGUAUGGUUAUGAUUGCUAAGGCUCUGGAGUAUGAGAAUUUUGACAAAUUUGAUCGUGUAAAAUUCCCAAAGAUUCGAUAUGCUGGAAUGCUUCAGUAUGAUGGUGAAUUGAAGCUUCCAAGCCACUAUCUUGUUUCUCCUCCAGAGAUUGAGAGGACAUCUGGUGAAUACUUAGCGCACAAUGGCAUCCGUACUUUUGCUUGCAGUGAGACUGUCAAGUUUGGUCAUGUCACCUUUUUCUGGAAUGGAAACCGGUCAGGAUACUUCAAUCCAAACAUGGAAGAAUAUGUAGAAAUUCCAAGUGAUUGUGGGAUCACAUUCAAUGUUCAACCAAAGAUGAAGGCCUUUGAAAUUGCUGAAAAGGCUAGGGAUGCUAUCCUAAGCUGCAAGUUCCACCAGGUCCGUGUCAACCUACCUAAUGGAGAUAUGGUGGGUCAUACUGGUGACAUUGAAGCCACCAUUGUUGGUUGCAAGGCUGCUGAUGAAGCUGUGAAGGUGAUACUGGAUGCUGUAGAGCAAGUGGGUGGAAUCUAUGUUGUCACUGCUGAUCAUGGGAAUGCUGAAGACAUGGUGAAAAGGAACAAAUCUGGCCAACCGCUGCUCGACAAAAAUGGAAAUAUUCAAAUCCUCACUUCCCAUACAGUUCAACCAGUUCCAAUUGCCAUUGGAGGCCCCGGGCUUGCUCCAGAAGUCAGAUUCCGCAAGGAUUUGCCCACUGCUGGCCUUGCUAAUGUUGCUGCCACCGUGAUGAAUCUCCACGGCUUCGAGGCCCCCAGUGACUACGAGCCUACUCUCAUUGAAGUUGACUGAUCUAAGAUCCGGUGCCUCAUUGUGUCGAGGAGAGGUUAAAUAAUUUUUGUAAUUGGGAUCUGCGAAUUACUUUGAAUUAAGAUGCUGGUGUAGAAGAUACUUGAUGUUGCCGUCAAGUUUGCCUGAUGCUUGCUUUAUUAUCAUCGUCGUCUUUCAGGAAUAUCAUGACGACUCUCAUGUCUCAACAUGCAUGCUUGCAUGCAUAAAUGCAUGUAAAUGUUUUGAGAACCCUGAAGUGUU